GAACUGUUCAUGAUGAUAACCUUAGGUAUUGCGGGAACCCUGGAAGGAACAGCGGACUAGGUACUUACAUAGAAUGGGUAACACUGCAACAGUUGCUCCCCUCCCCAAUUUUACAACAUCAAGGAAAAUCCUACUUUUUGACAUCACGUCGACACGGAUAUCGCUGUCAUCAGCCCUUAUUUUCUUGAUCUGACCUUUGAAUUUCUUAUUAAGUGCAAUUCAACGACAGAAAAUGGUUGAGCUCAGAAAGCGCAAAGCGCCAGUGCAACCUCCUGCGAUAGAGAAAAGAGCCAAGAAAGGCCAAUCGUCUACUACAACACCCACAGACACUGCUAAAAAACACACUUCCAAGUCCUCUGGGUUGUCUAGUGGUAUUCCUGGUGUUGGCGACACAAUUGUUCUAGAGGGAUUUGGCGGUGAGAUUGAGACAAGCGAAGGUACGAAGACGACUCUAAAGAAUCUCGUGGAUGCGAGUCAUUCUGGUGUUGUACUGUUUACAUAUCCAAGAGCCUCAACUCCUGGCUGUACCAAGCAAGCCUGCUUGUUUCGCGACAGUUACGAUCACAUAACUUCGACUGGUCUAUCUGUCUACGGCCUUUCGACGGACUCGCCCAAGGCUAACACUACGUUCAAAACCAAGCAGAAUCUUCCGUAUUCUCUCCUGUGCGACACUUCGGCCGCGUUGAUUGCAGCCAUCGGGUUCAAAAAGGAGCCCAAAGGAACAACUAGAGGCGUUUUUGCGGUAGAUAAAACAGGUAAAGUGUUGCUUCUACAGGCGGGUGGCCCAGACGCGACAGUGCAGGCUGUGGUGCAAUUGAUUUCUACGAAUCUCAAAAAAGAUGAAUUGAAGCCGGAGACCAAAGCCAGUCGAGUCACCAGUCACGGAUAAUCAAGAAUAUCCACCAGAUUCAUAUCGGCGAAAGUGAAGCUGCGAUUUCCACUUGCUAUUGGCAAAGCCAGGUCAAUAUCCAUAAACAUUAUUAUGUAUUCAAAACAAACGUUAUUUCCUAGCCCCUAACCACUGAGGCACCAAUGGCCGAUUUUAAUGGCGUUGGAGUUUACCAAUCGCUGCGCCCUUGUUCUCCAAAUUAAUCAUUUACUUCCGUAAAUUUUCGCCACUGACCUUCCUGUUACAACCGUAGCACUUGGCGAGUUUUUUAUAAAAGGAAAG